GGUUUCUUCAAAAAAAAAGAAAAACCAACCUAAAACUCUCAAAACCAUUUUCUCUCUUAUAACUUUCUCUGAUACAUAGAUUUCUCUCUCUGUCUCUCUAGUGGGAGAAAAGUAUGGCGGAUUGGGGACCUGUAGUGAUCGCUGUGAUACUGUUCGUGCUUCUGACACCGGGACUUCUCUUUCAGAUUCCGGCGAGAGGUCGUGUCGUCGAAUUCGGGAAUAUGCAGACUAGUGGUGCGUCCAUUCUCGUCCACACCAUCAUUUUCUUCGGUCUCAUCACCAUCUUUACCAUCGCCAUUCGUCUCCACAUUUACACCGGUUAAUUCGUAAUUUCCCCCGGACCCGGUUGGUUCGUGUUUAUGUUUUUCCAUUUUUAAACUGCUUCCUAUCUUUUUUGUAUUUGUUUAUAUAUUUUGUUUCUGUGUCUGGUGUUAAAGAAACAUGUGAAUCUAUCUGAAUAUCUCAAUGUGAUGCAUAAAACUAUUUCCAAACUGUUCUGUUUGA